AACAGAUUUUGACUUUCUUCCCUACUUUACAGUGUGUGCUAAUCGUCAUGCAUGCUUUGUAGGAGAGUGUGGCAAACCAAUGGCUAUGUCAUAUUGUGCCACUUGUGGAGUCCGUAUAGGAGGCCAGAAUCAUAGACCAGUUAAAGGUUUUAUUGAAGCUCAUGGAAUCCCUGACAUGACACGACCUGGACAUAUACUGGGACACGCUGAAAACCGGUCUGAAGCCCCAAACAGGAAUCACACUUUAGCACAGUCCUGCCUCCUCCGUCUCUGUCUUCACCUGGCCAUGUUGCAAGGGGCCAUUUACGACCAACAGGGCAUCAGAAAUAUGAUCCAUCCAAAUGUUAAUGAUGUCUAUGAGUUCCUCUGGCAACAUCUUGAGAAGGACAUGGAGGUUCUUGGGAAGACUUUAAAUCUUAACUUGGAUGACUCUGCCAUUAUAAUUCAUCUAAUCCUCAGCAGGUUUCUACAGACCACCUCAGGUGCCGGUGUGGAUCUGUCAACACGCAAGUCCAGAGAGCAGUGGGAGACCACAGUCUGUAAAACUGUUAUCAGUCCUGUUUUAAAGAAUUUCGAAAGGACAUUGGGCAGAGCACAGGAUCUGAUUGCAGCUGAUAACCAACUUUCUAACAGUCCCCUGAUGAAGGUGCUGAGGGGAGACCCUCAAAAAUUGCUUCAUCUCCCCACUAACUGCCCCACCCACCACUCUGCCUUCUGGAGCCCCACACCUGUCCUAACGGUGGAAAGCUUCUCACAACAAAUAAACCAGAGUCAAGCACCCCUGCUCACCCUUUUUAUCAAUAAGGUGCACUGCAUAAGACAGUUGAUCCAUUUGCCGGCGCUUGCUGCUCUGUUGUCUGAUCUAAUAAAAGUGCUUCCUCCAGGAUCUGAGAACCAGACCCAUACCAUCGCUUCACUGCUGCAAUGCAUUCCUGCUGGCCAUCAGAGGAAAUUAUUGUCGGAAAGAGUAGAGAUCUUCAUGAAGGUGUGGAACAAACUCAGAAUGGAAAUAAUCAAUAACACUUCCUUGGGUUUGGAUCCUACACUUUAUGAAAAAGACAUAACUAAGGAAAGCUCUGGGCAGUUUCUCUCCCUGAGUCAUCACGGACCAGGCUCAUGUCUCCACGCAAUCAUAGAUCUCCUGUCUGAGACCCACAACAGUCUUGUGCGAGAGGCCAGAAAACUCUGUCAUCAGGAAGACAGGGACUAUAAAGUGCCAUUGGCGGCACUGUCCAAGAGCCAACUUGCCCUGUGUCACCCAGAGAAGGAGUUGCUCCCCCUGGUGUUAGCUAACUGCCAUUACAAACUAGAGAAGGGUCAGCAAACAGUGAGCUCCAGUGAUCAUAAGGCUAUUGAGAGAGAACUCAGUAGACGAUUUUUUGCAGGCAAACCACGUAUUCAAACAGACACCGAUAAAUAUCUAAGAAGACACCAUCAGAAUUUUAUAGAAGUCCUUGAUGAGGUCAGAGCCAAAAUACCUCAGGAAGCACUCAAGGCCUCUGUGCUCAGCUCAAUGAGAUCAAUGCUACGUUCAUUCACUGAUGUGUGUGACGCAGUUUAUGCUGUGGAGAUUGGGCUUCGUUUCCUAGGUAAAACCGGUGGAGACCCACAAGUUCUGCUGCUGUCCUAUCUGACAGACUCCUUGAAAAUGGACCAACACAUCUCAAGCACCAUAGCUGAGGCUUUAAAAGAGAACCGUCUUAGUCAGUGCACAGCCACCUGGCAGCUCCUUACCUGCUGGAAGAGUGAACAGAUGAUGAGGAAAGGACAGGAUCCAUUCCAGCGACUGUCCAAAGACUUCAGAGAUAAACUGACUUCAGAGGAAAGAACGCAGGUGAAGGUUUUCCUUGGGCUCACAGAUACUGACCUUUUCUCUUUGGAGCUACAUGAAAUCCUUCAGCUCAAGACCAACAGCACUGUUGAAGACGGCUUCGCUCCGCACUGGGACAUCAGGUCCACCAUGGAAUCCCAUCUGGAGAUGAAGAACAUCACCUCUUUUCCAGGUCUAGACAGUCUUCCAGAUGAAAUCACUUUGGCUAAAGCUGCAGAAAUCUGGAGGCUUGCAGUGGAGUUUAAACGCUGAAAAGCACUUCUGAAUGAGCCAAACCGAAAUGAACAACACAAAUGUGAAAAGAUCUGGACCGCUUUGAUUUUUUUUUUUUUUUGUGUGUGUCAUAUGUUGCUGCCUUUGUCAUGUCUGUUGUAUAGGACAGAUUUAUGACUCAUUCCAGCACACUAAAUCAUUGUCUUUAUAUUGUUAAUCCGGCUGAUUAAAAAUAAUCUAUGUUUACUCUUUAGGGCUUUGAAUAUGUCUUCAUAUUGUCGAACACUUUAUUGUUUAGAGAUUUGUAUAAAUAAUUGAUUCAGGGAACAAGAAUGAAUUGAACAGUACUGUACUGCAGUUUUGCUGUAACACAUUUGUCUGCUCCACAGUAUUAAUCAGGGCCAAAUAAAGUUGUAUUAUGAAUAAACAGUGCA